AACAUAAAUCUGGUAUAUUUGUACGGAAUUUAUGUUUGUGUGUUUAUAUCACUACAACAAAAUUCUGAUAAGUAGCGGUAUUAUAAAGCGUCAGUUAAUGAUCGAUUAUAAUUGUUUGUGUAUGAUUUAUCAUAAUGUGUUAAAACUCAAGUUAGUUUUGUUUUUUUAGUUUUUUCUGUUUUUAUGUUUUAUGAGACGUAAGUUUAAUUAGUUUGCUCGUUUUAUUAUUUUGCAUUUUCAUCACAACGCUGUUAUUAUUGUUAUGAUUAAUCUGGGUCAGUAUUUCUCUACUGGUUUUCUGCGUGUAAAAGAUACAUGCGUAUACGGAGAUUUAUUUCGCAAGUGAAAAGUCCCGACGUUUAGUUUCACACAUGAAUAACGUUAAGCAAGGAUUUAUUGCUGUACACGUGGGUGCUGGGCAACAUUCGACAUCACUUAAAGAAAAAUAUCAAAAGCUAUGUCGUGAAGCAUGCAAAAUUGGAGCCGAAAGUUUAAGAUCUGGUAACAAUGUAUUGGAUGCAGUGGUUGAAACAGUAAUGGUUCUGGAAGAUUCUCCUAUGACAAAUGCUGGAUUUGGAUCAAAUCUCACUUGGGAGGGAACAGUGGAAUGCGAUGCAAGUGUGAUGGACGGCAGCAGCUUGCAGUUUGGCGCUGUUGGCGCUGUUAGUGGAAUAAAAAAUCCUGUUCUGUUGGCAAAGCGUCUGUGUGAACAACAAUCCAUUAAGUUUGCAUACGGCAGAAUUCCACCCAGCUUCUUGGUAGGAAACGGUGCGUAUAUUUGGGCACAUGAAACAGGCAUACAAACCAUACCACCAGAAGAAUUGAUAUCAGUGAGAGCUCAGAAGAUAUAUAAACAUUAUAAAAGAAAAGUGGAAGGCUCUAGUAUAGAAGCUCAGAAGUGUGCCAAGAAAAGAAUGGACACGGUAGGUGCAAUAUGUGUCGAUGAUAACGGGAACAUCGCCGCAGCCUGCUCAAGCGGUGGUAUUAUUCUGAAAUAUCCUGGAAGAGUUGGGCAAGCUGGAGUAUGGGGUUGCGGCACUUGGGCCUGCAAAGACGCCUCGUAUUCGGUAGGUGCCAGUACGUCGGGCUGCGGUGAACAUCUCGUGCGCACCUCGUUGGCGCGCACCGUCGCGGAAGCCGUCUCAAACGCAAACUGCCCUACCACCAGCUUACAUCGAGCGAUGAACGUGGAUUUUAUUGAUUCCAAAUUUCUCAACGGACUCGAACAGAAACUUGGCGGUGUCAUCGCCAUACGAUACUCGUCGCAAGAAGGAUCGGGCGAUUUUCUCUGGAGUCAUUCAACAAAUUCCAUGAUCAUAGGUUAUAUGAACACACAUGAGCGCGCGCCAAUGAGUCAUAUGUCGGUCUUACCGUCGCACGAAGUAGGUAAAAAAGCUGUUGUUGAAGGUGUCUGCUUCAAGCUAUCAAGAUCUGACACGGUUGAGUAACAUUGUACAUUUAUCUCU